CGUGACUAACGAGAAAAUAAUUAAAACAGAAAAGAUGAUAACGAUUUUCGUUGCGUGGGAGAAGAAAGUAGGUGAUAGCUAGAACGACGAGCAUAGCUAAAGGUGUGUUUGCUGGUUUGUGGGUGGGGAUGAGGCCGGGUGGUGGUGGCAGAGGAGGUUCAGUUUCGUUCUCAGUCUCAUCCAGGCUGGAAUCGCGGUGAUGAACGCGUGGAAAAUCCACUGAGAAUCGGUGUUCGGCGACUCGACGAACUUCAAAAAUCAAUAUAGUGCGUGAGCGUUCCUAACGAGAGGGCUGCGAACGGCGCAAGCAUGCAAGCCGAGAACGAAACGAACGGGAAGAACGACUCUCAGUUGGAGAACGAGGAGAAGAAUAAUACCGAGAUAGAGAAGAACGAGGUUAAAACGGAAACGAACGAGGCUGGUAACGAGUCCACCGAAGAUGUUGUAGCCAGCAAGACGGCGAAUUUGAAAAUCGAAGAUGAGUCGGGAAAUUCGACGCCGAGCAGUCCCGGCGCCACUCAGUCUGGCAGUUUUUUGCCCAAUUUCAAGGCGUUUUCGAAAUUCGGUGACCCGAAAAGCGACGGCAAGCUGAUCACUCUGAGUCAGAGCGACAAGUGGAUGAAGCAGGCGAAAGUGAUCGAUGGAAAGAAGAUCACCACCACCGAUACAGGGAUUUACUUUAAGAAGCACAAAUCUAUGAAAUUGGGUAUCGAGCAGUACAAAUCGUUCUUGGAGGAUCUAGCGAAUAACAAGAAGGUGGACUUAGCGACGAUGAAGAAGAAAAUGGCGAAUUGUGGACCACCUGGUUUCACCGGUGGCGCUGGAGGACCAGGAAAAGCUGCCUCCACGGUGGACAGACUGACGGACGUGAGCAAGUACACCGGCUCGCACAAGCAGCGGUUCGACGAGAGCGGCCGGGGCAAAGGUAUCGCUGGACGAAAGGAUCUCCCCGACCAGUCGGGCUACGUGCAAGGCUACCAAAACAAGGACACCUACAACAAGGCCCACUAACCUGGGACCUAUCGCGCUUCUGUGAUGUCUUCGACACUCUGUUGUCCCGUCCACGCACUUCACACGAAAUGCCACGCGUUCGUUUGCCUCUCGUCUUCGUUAUCGCGUUCCUCUUACAUACACACAAACCAGCAGCCUCGUUGCAGCCUGUUGAAACUCUUCAAACAACCGCUGACAAUCUACGUUGAUCAGGAACGAAACGAAGAUCGAUCGAACGUGUUGGAAACUAUCCUCGAUGAUAUAUCCUUUCAGGCGACCAUCAGCGGAGAAAAGAGAGAAAAAAGAACGUCGAGAAUUUAACGGCGAACAGUGAUUUUUAGAGAGUUAGAAAGAACAUCGCUAUUGUAUACCUGGCAAAUAUGUAUUUUUUCGUCGGCAGGUAUUUGUUUUUCAUAGAAACUCAACAUCCGAGAGUUCGAUUCAGAGAAGUAUUCCAAAGAAGAAUUGUACCAAUUUUCUGAAAAAGGAACAUUUACAUUAGGACGCUUGUACGAUACUCUUAAAGAUGAUCUAAAAUCGCCUGUUUCAUUGACCUGGUACUUCAUUCCAAGUCAGUUGACACUUAGAUCGAAAGCUUCUUCGCUUUUUUCGCUGGACAAAUCGAUCCAACCUGUGCAUACACUCUCAACGAGACUUCCAUUCGAUACACUUGUUGCGUCUCGUUAUCUGUACGGAUCCUCGACGAUACCUCGUUCGAAUUUACAAUUAAAUUGCUGUCACACGAGAACCGAGAUCUUCUCGAUACCGCGAACACACCUCUUGACUCUUCUUCUUCAACGUUAUUUCGUGUUACCAACCGGUUGAUUAGGGUUGCAAGUACAAAAUCUGUCGUCUUUCUUCGUCUGCUAUCUACGAAACGCAGAGUGCGCGCUGAAAACGUCAGCUUUGAAAGUAAGAAAAAAGUUUACACUCGUCGAAGUAUUAACUCAGAAGUAUACUCGAGAUUCUUCGAUACUCCAUUUUCGAUCAGCGUGGCGCGAUAUGUAAUCACGAAGAGGAGAGAAAUUUGGGGAAAAGCUAGUCGGUGUUCGAUUCGAACGACGAGAAUUCGACGUGUUUUCCUCUACUUGGAAUUUAUCCACGCAAACUUGUGCUUUCCUCGAGGAUAUUCGCAUUUUGGUGCAAAGGCAACUUUCAAUAGACGUACAAUCGACGCGGCGAACGUCGUUAGUAUACGGGGGUGAGAAAAGUAUCGUCACCAAUGUGAUCGUGCGAAUUUCGAGAUAUUUACGGUUAUUCUUGUGG